AUGUUCUUUCUCAGUGCUUCUCCUAAAUUACAAGUCCUCAAGCUCACCAAACAAUAUUGGUCUCAAAAAGCUGGUGUGAAAUGGAGUCAACCUAAGAAUGUUCCUGAAUGUCUGUUGCUUCAUCUCCAGACGUUUGUGUGGAAAGGCUAUAAUAAACUACUAGAAGAGGAGAAAGAGCUGGUGAAAUACAUCCUAAGAAAUGCAAAUCAUUUGAAGAGAGCAAAGUUUUCCAUAAAAGGCCUUAACUCGGACGAGAGACUUGAGAUUGCCGAGGAGUUGGAAAGUGUUGUCAGGGCUUCGAACUCAUCUUGCCAGCUUCUUCUGCUCGAAUGA